AUGCGCUUUAGCAAGAUUUUGGCACCACUAAUGGCCCUACCAUCGGUGCUCGCUCUACCGGAAGCUCCCAAGAAUGUCACAUCGGUCGGCAAACCGCUCCACUAUGCCAUGAUGGUCUUCCCCGGCUUCCAAGCCCUUGACGUCUAUGGCCCUCUCGACGUCAUUGGCUCGCAGGUCCUCAUGCUUAACCAACCCCUCCAUCUCUCUAUUCUCAGCCGGACGCUGGCACCCGUGACAACAGUGCCCCAGAAGUCACCCACGAUGAACAUGACGCAUGGGAACUUCGGGACGCAGAUUAUGCCGACGACGACCUUCAAGAAGGUCUUGGCUGGCAAAAAGGACAAGGAAAAGGGUGAUAUUGACGUUCUGCUUGUUCCCGGGGGCGCGGCAACGAGGGGGGAUAUGACGGAGGAGAUUGAAUUCGUGAAGACCAUGUAUCCCAAGGUCAAAUAUGUCCUCAGCAUCUGCACUGGCGCUACAAUUCUCGCACGUGCUGGCAUACUAGACGGGCGCAACGCUACAACCAACAAGCGCGCCUGGGCCUGGGCAACAUCUACUGGCCCACGCGUGAACUGGAUCCCCACCGCCCGCUGGGUCGACGCUGGCAACAUCUGGACUUCCUCUGGUGUCUCCGCCGGCAUCGAUCUCACCUUCGCCUUCGUCGAGCACCUGUACGGCAAAGAGGUGGCGGACUAUACGUCCAUCAACCUCGAGUAUCCGAGGUGGCCCGGAGGACCUAGCAAUGAUCCUUUCGCCGCGGUGUGGGAGUUGGAGAAGGUUGGGGUUGCAACCGCGACGGUGACCGGACGCCUUGUCGAAUGUAGUCUGUCUCUGGGGCUUUGA